AUUGACCACAUGACCAAAAGGUUUUUUCAUCCAAUCUGCCCACCUGGUCAUAUUGCCUAAAUAGCUUUAUUAUAAUAUAGUAAUAAUACACGCAAGCUCGUCCCAUUCCUCACUUUCUCUCCCUCAUUCCCUAGUUCCUUAUCUUCCGAGUAUUGAUUGACCAUUUCACUCCACCAUCCACUACCAUCUAGCCAGAAAGAAAGAGUGGAUAAAAUGAGCGCUCAAUUCAAUUCCGCCCAGAACCUGUCCUUUGUUCUUGAAGGAAUCCAUCAGGUUAAGUUCGAAGACCGACCAAUCCCGGAAUUGAGAGACCCGCAUGAAGUUCUUGUGAAUGUCAGGUUUACUGGCAUUUGUGGCAGUGAUGUUCACUACUGGGAACAUGGCUCUAUUGGUCAAUUUAUUGUCAAAGACCCUAUGGUACUUGGACAUGAAUCCUCCGGCGUGAUCAGUAAGAUCGGUUCCGCUGUCACAACGUUGAAGGUGGGAGAUCGCGUUGCUAUGGAACCGGGUAUCCCAUGUCGUCGAUGUGAGCCCUGCAAAGCCGGGAAGUAUAACCUCUGCGAGAAAAUGGCUUUUGCCGCCACACCACCUUACGAUGGUACACUAGCCAAGUACUAUGUUUUGCCCGAGGAUUUCUGCUAUAAGCUCCCUGAAAGCAUCAAUCUUCAAGAAGCUGCAGUAAUGGAGCCUCUCAGUGUCGCCGUGCACAUUGUAAGGCAAGCAAAUAUCGCUCCAGGACAGUCUGUGGUAAUCUUUGGUGCGGGGCCAGUGGGGCUGUUGUGCUGCGCCGUGGCUAGGGCUUUUGGCUCCCCGAAAAUAAUCGCGGUGGACAUUCAGAGAGGAAGGCUGGAGUUUGCGAGGAAAUAUGCUGCAACAGCAACCUUCGAGCCGAGCAAAGCCCCUGCACUGGAGAACGCAAACCGGAUCAUCGAGGAAAACAAUCUUGGCCUUGGGGCAGAUGUUGUUAUUGACGCCUCAGGCGCCGAGCCUUCAGUCCACACUGGCAUCCACGUCCUCCGUCCCGGUGGCACUUACGUGCAAGGUGGUAUGGGCAGGAGUGAAAUGACUUUCCCCAUUAUGGCGACUUGCACGAAAGAAUUGAAUGUUAAAGGCAGUUUCCGUUACGGCAGCGGAGAUUAUAAACUUGCGGUUAACCUCGUAGCCUCGGGCAAGGUUAGCGUAAAGGAACUGAUCACCGGAGUCGUUAAAUUCGAAAAUGCAGAGCAAGCAUUUAAAGAAGUAAAAGCUGGGAAGGGUAUCAAGACACUAAUUGCCGGUCCUUAGCUUGAGGCAUAAGCUUUGUUUGGCAACUAGAAGUCGUAGUAGGUGGUUAGAUCUUUUAUACCUAAAACUCUCAUAUUUUUGUACUUUGGGUUGAAAGGGAACUUGAUUAGAGCGAAUUUUUAUUAAAGGAAAAAAGCACAUUGGAAGAGGGUUUGUUUCGGCA